UUAAGAAGAGCCAAAUAAAGCCGGGGAGGGGGAGAAUGAAGAGGGGAGGAAAAAGAAGAAGGGGGCGAAUCGCUUGUUUGUGCUGCUGCAUCUGUCGUGGUGUUGCUGAGGGGUAGUGUUAUGAAUGAGUGAGGCAGCACAGCAGCUGAGUGAGACUAACAAGUGGUUGCCAUGCAGCAGGAGCAAGCGUGCGUGCUUCUGGAGGGAGAGACAGAGAAACAGAAUGAUAAUGAGUAGGAGGCAGCAAGUGAAGGGAGCAUGAGGAGAGGAGAUGUAUCUCAGAGAAGGGAGACCUAUCAUAGCUGGAUCCAGCCUCUCCCUCGCUUCCCCGGUUCUCUCUCUUCAGCUUUUUGUUGAGAUGAGGGGUUAGCUGGACACGUCCGGCAUGCAAUGGCAAUCUGUGAACUAAUGGAUAUAUGUCUGGGAGCUCCAGGACGGAGGAGUUGCUCGCAAGGAACAGCAGCAACAGGUCUGUAAGGAUGGAACGAUAAUGACGGUAACAUGCAGGCUUCUAAGCGCCUGACCCUAUCGGAGGAAAGAUGAGGCGCCUAGAUGUUGGUUUGCCAUGUUUAGCGUCCACUACAACCACUCCCUUGCUGCCAUGAGCGGAAACGACAUGAUGGCGCACUCCCUGACUCUGGAGCAGAAGACAGCGUUUGCCUUCGUGGGGAUGCUCCUGGUGUUCCUGGGGCUGCUGAUAGUCAGAUGUUUCAGGAUCCUGCUGGACCCCUACAGCAGCAUGCCCUCCUCCAACUGGGCCGACGGCAUCGAGGGGCUGGAGAAAGGGACGUUUGAGUACGCCCUCACUUAACACAGGGACACACACAUCCACAGAUGUCCAUCACGAACAGAAAUGCCUAUAGACACACACGUAUGCAUACUCGCGGACGCAAAUAGCGCUUGCUUGCACACACGCAAACACAAGUAAGCCGCAGCCCCACACAACCAUCGCUCCUGACACCGACGCACCAUCAAGAAAUCUCUCUGUGACAGACUGAAGCUGUGUGUGUUGUUCAAUGUGUGUGCGUUGUUAGUUCAGAGCCAGUGUGUGAGUCUCUCGACUGUACGUGGCUACGUGUCUGUUGUGUGUGUGUGUGUGUCUGACCAAGUGUGCGACAGAUGCUGUGACAUACUCUCUGCCUUUCUGCCAGGGUGGUGUGCAUUUCAGAUCAUGGAUUUACACGGAAAUGACUGGAGGCCCCUUUAACCCAUGCCCUCAAGAUGAAUGUCUGUAUCAGAGGUGGAUGUGGAGGUGGAUGCUUGUGGGACGGGCUGGAGAAUCAGGGGUGCAGUGGGAUUACUCAGACACAGUUUGAAGACUCAGGGACAGGAUUCCUCAUCAUGGGAAACAGAGCGGUUCCACCUCUGCACAGCAAAGCUCUUCUGCACAAGAUUGUAUACUAUACGGUUGGAUACAGGGUAUUAUUUUCAAUUUCCUGCUAUGUGGACUAAUCAAAUCCAAUCUGUUGGUGAUCCAAAGGGAUGCUGCUGCUGCUGCUGUGUGUGUGUCUACAGAUUGGUCCUUUCCGUGGUGUCUUGCAGCGAAAAGGCAACUGAACAAACUGUGAUUUGCGUUACGGCGUUACAGCGUCUAAAUGAUGCAAAAACAACUCUGCUAGAGUUUGUACUGCUGCUGGUUUUGAAUGAUGCUACACUGUAUGUUGCCAAAAUUACAUGUCUGAGUGAAAGAAAAAAAAAUUGUUUACUCUCGACGGUACGUCCGCAAAGACAUAUGACGACGAUGCUGAUUCAUGGACUGUCUGAAGGUUGGCUGAUGCAGUCAAGCCAAAGAACUUUCGAGGGAAAUGAGGAUCCGAGACUUGGAGGAACUCUCCCUCUCUCUCUCUCUUCCAGCGCUGCUAGUUUUGUAAUGACAAGGAGAAACUCUCACCGCCUGUCUGCAGAGGAAAAAGGUCACCCGGAAAACAGGGGUGGGAUGUAUGUCAGCGCCGCACGUGGACACCUUCUUCCUCCUACUCUCAGCCAUCCGCGCCCAUUCACACCUGCUCUCUUCCCUUCCCACACAGAGGAGGACGGGACUUUACAGAGAUUCUGUGAUGCAGCAGACUGGUCAAAGUCUUGAGUGUUCCUUUGCUAAUUUUCUACAGUCUACGGUUUCUCCUUAGUGCUGUGACUCUGCCUUACUGUGACCUUCAAUGGGUUUAUGUGCCUUCAUCUAGAAACAUUAGAG